AUGCCCGAAAAUUGCGUAAACUAUACGAAUCGCGAUGUGUUCCAAACGGUCUCUGUGCUGGCUGUUGUUGCGAAUGGCUUGUUGUAUCGAUUGAUACGGAAACACACUCCGUUUGUGAUGAGUGGAUACAAGAAGGUGCUGUACACGUCCUGCAUUUUCGAUGGGCUAGCGGCGAUCUCGCACUUCUCCAUAUUGUUGGUAUGUUUUUUGGUGAGCAAACAUGACCUCAUCGCUUGGAAUUUCUGGAUUAUGACCCAGGAUUGAAAUCUUCCAAAGUGUAGCCAAACUUCAACUUUUAUGUCACCUGAAGUCCAUAAAUCGGUUAAAAUUUUUUGAUUUUUCAACGGUUUUAUUGCCGUUUGUCCAGAAAAUAGGCUAACAAUAAAUCGAAAAAUAAGGGCCAAAUCUUAUAAAAUGUGGCCAUGUUUUUUUGAUUUAGCCAUAUCUUUUGUGACUUAACCGAAUUUGGCUGCCAUGGUCAAAUUCUUUAGAUUUGGGCUUGUUUUACAAGACUUGGCCAUAUUUUCAAAAAAGUUAUCAGAUUUGUCACGUGGGCCGCAUUUUUUCAAUUUCGCCGAGAUUUAUAAGAGCUGUUCUGCGAUUUGUUCAUAUUUGGCCACAACUUCAACGUUUCUUCGUCUAGGUCUAAAAUUUUCGAUUUAGUCACGCUUUACAAGAUUUGGCCAUAAUUUUUAUGAAUUGAUCAAAUUUGGCCACAUUGGCCAUAUUUUUUGCGAUUUGGCCGAGUUUUUCAAGAUUUAGCUACAUUUUUUAAAUCUUGCCAAGUUUGGCCAAAAUUUACAAGUUUUUUGUCUAGGCCAAUAUUUUUCGACUUGAACGGAUUUGGCCAUAUUUUUUAUGAGUUGACCAAAUUUGGCCACAAUUUACAAUUUUUUUUCUGUCUAGGCCAAAAUUUAUAAUACCUGUCCAUAUUUAAAAAUUUUGCCAAAUUUGGCCAUUGGUUCCCAAUUUUUUCGUUUUAGCCACAAUUUGCAAGACUGGGCCAUAUUUCGAAAUUCUUAGUAAUUUUUUGUGUGCCGGGGUCGGCUUGGUCCAUUCUGAAUCGCCAUCGAUGAAAUCGUUAUCGUUUCUAUUUUCUUCAGCGUCCAUCAAUGGAGCAGGACGUUGCGGUAGCAAACUUUGACGGACCAUUGCCUCACUUCAUCGACUCCAUGGGCCUCUUACAAGACGGUCGGCUUGCGUAUCUUAUGAUUGUCGAGAUGGCCUUUCAAUUCAAUACUUUGGUCUAUUCUUUUGUUCCGUUUACCUACAGAUACUUUCAUAUUGUCCGGUAUGUUUAUAAAUACAAGCUCAAAAUUCAUACUUUUAGGAAUGUUCGUUUCACAAACCUAAAAUUUGCAUGUUUAUGUGUUGGCUAUGUGGCGCCGACAAUUUUGUUGGCCACAGUUCAUCCACUUCUUGCCAAAGAGACCUACGAACACAUGGUGUUGUAUUUGGGGCCGGCGACGGGCGGGUGUCUUCGGCGAAUCCCCUUUUAUGACAGCAGGGUGUUUUACGAACAGGUCAGCCUUUUUAUGUUGUUUUAUUUUAUCUUGAAGCUAUUUGACGGCAAUUCGAAAUGGAGGAAAAAUACUUCAGUGCUACUUUAAAGUUUCGUUUAGACCGAUUGGUUGUCAUUCUCUGUAGAAUCAUGGUUGAUUCAUAGACGGUUUGACCUCAAACCCUCUAUGAAAAUGCCGCGCAAACUGACAGCUGCUUGGCAACACACGGCAUCCCUUUUGCGGGUGAAACUUUUCUUGCGAAGCUCUAUGCCUAAGGAAAGAUAAGCCUAAGCAAGCCUAACAAGCAUAAACCUAAGCCAAUCUAUGCAAGGUUAACAAGGGAAGUACCCCAAGUGUGACGCUCAGAUUUCGAUAAAGUCUGGUACAAAUUUAGAACUAUGCAAGACCUUCUCAACGAUCGCACAUGUGGGCUCUCCCUCGCUGACCGCUUUUUUUUCGUUGCAGGCUGUUUUUUAUUUUUUUGUUGGGUUCGUUUCGCUAUUGACUUUCAAUUUGGAAAAAAAAAAUUUUUUUCGUAUAACAUGUCACACCUUAUCUUUUUCAAUUUUCAAAAAAGAACUCAUCGUAUAACAUGUCACAUCUUCUCUUUUUCGAUUUUCAAGUAAUUUUUCACCGUAUAACAUGUCACAUUUUUGUUAUUUUCAAAAAAGAAUUCAUCGUAUAACAUGUCACACCUUAUCUUUUUCAAUUUUCAAAAUGAGGGGGAGGUUCAAAAACGGAGGAGAAUUCGGAAGGGGGAGAGUUCGGAUUGGGGAAGAGUUCAAAAAGGGGGGAGUUCAAAAAGGGGGAGAGUUCGGUAGACCAAUGGGGGCACCUGAUUGUCGUAGACCACUGGGGAAACUUGACCACGGAAAUUCGGUCUUCCACGAAUGAAUUCCGAACCAACCAAGGGUGUCCCCUUACCACUGAAAGAAAAAUAAACUUUCUGUGAGAAAAGAAAACGAAUCAUCGAUAUCGAACUAGCAAGCAGACUGCUCUAUUUGCCGUUGACCACUUACCAGAUUACCAACUUUCAGCCAUAUGUUCUCAUUUCGUACUGGGCUUUGCACGGAAUGUGGUUCGUGAUGUUGUUUCCGCUGAUCUCGCUCUUCUGCGCAUUUCAAGUGUAUCGAAAGCUAAAUCAGGAUGUUCAACGGGCAACGGCGUUGAAGAAUUUGCAACGGCAAAUCACAAUUGUUCUCACGGUGCAGGUAAAAUCCUUCUCAUUAUUCUUGCAAUUUUACCAUGGGGUGUUUGAAUAAUCGUCCGUUCCAGACCGCCGUUCCUUUCGUGUCCGUGGCGCUUCCCGUCGCCUACGUCAUCUACCAUCUGACCACACAAGGACACUCCGAGUCCGAAAAGAACUUCGCGCUGCGCCUGUUCUUUGGGUCGUUGGCGGUGGUGCCGUUGAGCAACGCGACGUGCAUCAUCCUCUUCGUCAAGGAGUACCGGAUCGCCGUCCUUCGAGGGCUGCGAUUGUACGAAGACAGACGGUUGGUUAGCACGACCAUAAGUUCGUUGGUUGCGUCUUCGAAAGUGUUCACGACAGUCGCAUAA